AUGCCAAGCAGAGCCGAAACUCGAUACUUGGGUUGGGGCGAUCGACACUUUGACUGCCCUGCCCUGGUAUGCGUAUGACAAUAAAUUAUUAUAUGUAUAUAUCAUAUAAUGGUGGGAAGUCUCCGGAACAUCCUUAUCUUAUCGUGCGUGGUGGACACGGGACGACCACUAAUCAGAGGAGAGUAUUGCUAACUCACAAUAUUAUUGAUAAACAAAGCUAGAGGCUAGAGGCCAGCGUCACACGUUAGCUCUUGUUAGCCCAACCGAAAGAAGGAGAUCCAACUGUCGGCCAUGUCCGAACCAGGAAUCAGGAAGCUGAGUCAGGAGCGGACCCGUGAAUGGCUGGCCAACCAGGCGGCCUCCGCGGAGGAGGAGGAUCUGGAACUGGAGUCCAUCGCGGAGUCGUCGGUGGUGGACAGCCUGGACUAUGAGUACACCGAGUACGGGCAGGACGAGGAGGAUGCAGACCAGAACACCAGCGAGGAAAUCAGCACCAUGACCUUAGGCACUCAGAUUGCCACCAAGAAACACUCGAUCAUUAGCGACACAAUACGCGAUCUCAUGAACUCGAUCAACAGCAUUCAAACGCUGGGAAACGUCAACAUCAGCAACUCAACCAACGUCCAUAUCGGCAAUGUGACCAAUAUCAAUGGCAACAUACAGAUCAUAGCCGACAGUCUUGGCCAGUCCCGAAGAGAUCGUCGUAACGCUUCGUCUCCAAAAGCUCCCGCAUCGAACUGCAAUACGCAAUUCGACGAAGAUUGUCAGGAUGAGUCGGAAGAAAGGAUACGCCCAGAUGUAUUUAUAAGGCGCCAAAAAUUCAAAAUACCAAAGGAGCUGUGCUCCAUAAUUCCACGACACUCCUGGCUAGCACAAAUGCCCAUGGAGGAUCCGAUACCUUUGCAGCUACCCGUUAAAUAUGUGGUCAUCUUACACACUGCUACCGAGAGCUCAGAGAAACGCGCGAUCAACGUGAGACUUAUACGAGAUAUGCAAUGCUUCCACAUAGAGUCGCGGGGAUGGAAUGACAUUGCGUAUAACUUCUUGAUUGGCUGUGACGGCAACAUUUACGAGGGUCGCGGCUGGCGAACCGUGGGUGCCCAUACACUGGGAUACAACAAGAAGUCGCUGGGCAUCAGCUUCAUUGGCUGCUUCAUGCGGGAGCUUCCGACGACGGACGCCCUCAACAUGGGCCGCAAUCUGCUGGCCCGCGGCGUAGAGGAUGGCCACAUCGCACCCGACUACCGACUCGUUUGCCACUGCCAGUGCAAUUCGACGGAGAGUCCUGGCCGACGAUUGUACGAGGAGAUACAGACGUGGCCCCACUUCUACAAUAUCGAGGAGGAACAGCAGUGAAGGGACAAAGCAAGGCACAUAACUUCAUGACUUCAAUGCACCUGAGUUGGGCACACAAUUACCUGAGUUCAAUUCACCCUAGGCUUAUAUCACACCGUUGAAAAUACAACUGUUAUGCGUAGCAUUUAAUUUUUACUUUUGUGGAAUUAUGACAAGGAAUUAUGGCCACUAGAAUUAAAUACAUGUUUCAUAAUCUUUGGAAAA